UCCCACACAAUUACUAUUCUGUGAGAAAAAAAAGAAAAAAAAGAAAAAAAAAACCAAUUCUCUCCCUCUCUCUCUCUCUCUAAUCUAUUCGACGACCUGCAAUCAACGAAUCUUCAGGCGUAGAAAAAUCUUUAAAAAAAGAAAAAAAAGGGAGAUGAUGUGGGACGAAUGGGAAGACGAUAAUGUCUCCGACUCCGAACAACCCGACCAAGAAUCCCACCUCAAUUUCGAUUUUUUUCCUCCACUUUCUAAGCCCAAGGAUUAUUAUAAGAUAUUAGAGGUGGAUUAUGAUGCUACGGACGACGCAAUCCGCUCGAAUUAUAUACGCUUAGCCCUGAAAUGGCACCCAGAUAAGCAAAAAGACGAGGACAGCGCUACUUCCAGGUUUCAAGAAAUAAACGAGGCAUAUCAAGUUUUGAGCGAUCCGGCAAAGAGAAUAGAAUAUGACAAGAAAGGGAUGCUUUAUGUCUAUGACUAUAAUUUAAUUGAGUAUCUUAACCGUUACAAAGGUCUAAUAUUGACAUGCAAUGGUCUUGGGAUGAGGCAUUCAAUAUGGUAAGCCAAAACAUGCACAAAGUUCGUAUAUUUAGGAUAACUUGCAUGCUGUGUAGUGUAUAAAUUUGUUGACACUGCAAGUAGCGGAGUCGAGGAAGAGGAUGAAGUUGUUUGGAUGUAUUGGGUCAAUACUGUUUGGCUUUAUGCUAAUGUAUAAAUAUAAAACAAGGAUGUUACCAUCAUCAUCUUUUGAAAUCUUAUGCCUACACAUAUAAUAACCUCUUGUUCGAGGGUUGUAAUCAUAUACGGUCAGCCUUCCUCUUUGCUUAUGAAUUUAGUUGUGGGUUAAUGAUUA